GUUUUGUCUAAUCACAGCCUUGGACCAUUCACAAUCAAUGGGUCUUAGGUUUUCAACCAAUCUCAUAGGUAGUGUGUAUUUGGUGGUUGCCUGGAUACAGUAAACAUAAAAGCGCUUGACUUCAAGUGAGUGGUGAGGGUGGCCUUUAAUUGUUGUCAGAGGCAAAGACAUGAGGAUCUUUGCUGAAGAAACUUCAGAAAAUGAAUGAUAAGCUUGAAUAUGGACACUCUAUACAGAGAUUCAGAGCACGACCUGCAAGAUGUCAGGCAAUUGUUGCCUCUGCCUCUUCGCCUUCUGAUCCAAGAGCUUCUACAUUUGGACAAGGCUCUGUGAUAGAUCCAAAGAAAUUGCUAGAGCCCGUGGACAUGGAAUUUGAAGUAGCACCAAAAUUUCUUAUGGACGACAGCCAGGAAAAACAGGCCUCCCCAGAACAAGGAGAAUGCACUGAUGAGGAUGUGAAGAAACCCUUGGAAGAGGCAAUGGGCUCUAAUCCCAAAGAGCAUGUUAUUGAUAAAGUUCCUGGUGCUUCUUCAGAUGAAGAUCACUGUGUAAUAGUAGAUGAAAUUGAAGUUAAGAAAGGCCCUAAAAUCCAAAAACCCAUAGUGGACCAAAGAGAAGGACAUCAAAAGAUAGUUGAGACAACCGCAAAGUGUCUGAGCACAGUAGUACAGCCUGUGCGCCCAGAGGCAAUGGUGGAACCUAGGGUGCGCACAGAUUUGCCAGCCUGUAUUGUAACUGAGCGAAGAAGACCACUUCACCUCCAGCGUCCACUUUUAGGGGAAAGGUUUGCCCAACUCUGUGGCCCAUGGGUGAGAACACCAGUCUAUGAUUUGAGUAUAAAUAGAUCCUUCCAUGAGGAAGCACCUUCUUACAGAGAGGUUGAAGAAGAGGUGGUAACUGUUACUAAUGACCUGGCACCACUUCCCAUUAAUUUCUUUGGAACUGAUAACUCUGAGUAUCCACUAAAUGAGACACAGAGAUUUUGGGAUGAUCAUGCUGAUCAUACUCCUCCACUGCUGCAUCGCCCAUUGACAAGGUCACGUCAAACAACACCAGUGCCACAUCAAACAGUAGCAGUGACAUUUCAACCUCUGGCAGGGACAAAUCACACAUCUGCAAGGUCACAACACCCAUCAUCAAGGUCACAUCUUGCCUCUUCUAACUACCAAAGAGAGAAUGGGCCACAUUUUGUUCCCCCUGGUCAAGAAAAUUCUGGUUAUUUUCCGGCUGAAGAGAACAUCGAUCCUCAUCCAUGAGGGGAAGAUGAAGCAAAGGACAGACCACCAUUGUCUGUGUGGGAAAGGGACAUACAAAAUGGGCAGAGUCCCUUUAUGGGAGAGGGUAGGUGGGUUUUUUUUUCUCUAUUCACAAAUUGAGUUUGUAGUUAUUUUUAAAGCAUAGUCAGUUUAUUGGAAAUGAUGCUGCAGAAGCAAACAACUUUGGGUGUGAUAAGUAUUCACUGGCCCCUGCUUGCCCCAUGCUAUUUCAUGUGGCAAGCUGACUUCAAUGGACAGAAUUUCAGGGGAAUUUUUUGCCAAAAUAAAAAAUGUCACAGCAGUUUGCAAUAUGGAAAAAGCCAUUCCACCAUGUCCUCUUCCCAAAUUCUGGGGUCUUGAUCUUGAUUUAUUCCUACCUCUCUUCUGUAGCCCUAUAACCCUGUUACAUUGGGUAACAUGUGUUAAAUAGGUAUCCAAUUGUGAGAAAUUAAUAUCUGC